GCUGGCGUGUGGUGUGGAUCCCGUCGGGUGCUUCGUGUCUGGCGUAGUUGAAAACUUUGACUGGACAUUGUUGCUUCGAACAGGUCGUCAAGCUUCGCUUUGAGAUGGACCUUUUAUCAGCCAUGGUAGCCGAUAUGAUGCUUUCUUUCCCUUUGUUGGUGUACGAGCGAAUGUCGAACCGCAAAGACUGGAGCGACGUCGUCGCCAUGAAGGGCGCACGGGAAGUGCUAAGAAGAGUCAUGUACCCGGAUGACGCCACCCGGCGGUCACUGUACGCGUCGUGGCUGAGGGUCGUCGCCUCCAGCAGAUGGCAGGAGUCGUUCGACCACCUCAUGCUCGAGUGCGUGGCCGCCACGCCGUCGCCGACUGCCCCCAGGAAGCCGCUGUUCGCCAGCAUCUACAGAGUCCGGGACGUGAUGGACCUGCCGUUCCCGGGUGUUUCACAGCCCGUGCUGAACCUCCACAAAAUUCCCACGCUCUUUGCACGCAAUCUCGAGGACGUCGAGCCGCUCCCUUCGUCACCUGGGUUCGUCGACUUCCUCGCCGACCUGAUAAGGAAGAGUCGCAGCUCUCGGGCGGCCCUGAACGAGGCCGGUCUGAUCAUCGGCUUCUACAACCUGGCGCUGGCCGUUGUCGCAGCCAAGCCCGUGAGAGAAGUGCAGGACUUCUUCCGCACCCGGAUGAAGAGUGCGCUGGCCUCGUCUGUGCCCACGUCGUUCGAGGGAGACGUGUUGGUCCCCAGCGGCAGGUUCCUGACCGAACUGGCCCGCAAGACGUACUCGGCCGAGGGAGAGGUGAAGCCUUACAUCGUGCUCCUGGUGCUGGGUCAGUAUGCAUACCACGUCAACGCAUCAGAAGCACAGCCCAGCGCCGACGUGAGGUUCCUGGAGGAAGGUUUUCUGACGCCAGCCAAGUUCGGUCACCUGGACAUAAUACACCUCCUGUACGUCGUGCAAGAGAAGACUGCGCUCAGCGCCAAGGUGCUCAACCGCAUCUUGCGUGAUAGCCACUCGCAAGAGGCAGACCUGUCUAGCCAGCGCGUUCGCGAGUUCCUGGCAGACGCUGACGAGCCGAUGCAGCGAACGAGGCCGUGGUGCCGCACAGCCAGCGUUUGUUUCUUCCUAGACCUCAACCUGUGCGAUCACGUGGACUACGCCAUGAGGCUGACGGCGUUCGUGGCGCCCGACCCCAACGACCUGUUGUGGCAGAGACCGGAGUUUGCCGAUGUGCCAGCGGGACGAAUGAAGGAUGCUAGACUCUGGGCCCGCAACUUCAAGCGAGCCUUACGGAAGGGAAAGUACGGUACAGGUCCCAGGCUGGACCAGUAACGAGUUGGUACGAUUUGAGAAACCCACCGCUAACGCUCUGCGGCCUUUCAGACAUUCUCUGUAGCCACGUCACUAGACUGCCUAGUCAAGCAUCAAGGGGAUGCUGGAACAUUCCACCUUGCCCCAAGCUUAAUGCAGCCGUUAUGCGAGUCUGGUGAUCAAAGCCGCCCGAUUGCCAAAUCCAGCAUCAAAACAUGCCGGAAUGUUUCACACUGAGGCUUCAAGCACCUUGCCUUAUAUACCUUCAUGUAACCCAUUUGUAUUUUACUUAGUGUCGCAGUUCCACUGCCAAGUCCACAUCGAGAACACACCGUGGGACCUUUCACCUUAAGAACUGUUCCUUGGGAUCGUGCAGCCUUUCAAAAACAUUUUGUUGCGAUGCCAUACCAGUGCCAAGUUCAACAUCAAUAGUAUACGCCGCAAUAUGGUGUUUCGAAGCUUUCCCUUGUUUCUAGUUUUCAUGAAACCCUUUUUGGCACUUUCUGUGUCGUUGUCAUUCGAGUUCCAACUCCAGCAAAGAGAUAAUGCUGGAAUGUUUUAUCUUUGAACCUUUCAUUUCAAUUAAAAAUACAACUACUGCGUUCUAGCCAGUCUUUUUGCAGUUAAUAAACGAAAUGCAAAUGUUAACUUUGUCGUUCCCUGGUUGGUGGUUGCAUGCAACAGACGUU